UUAAAAUCGUAGGUCUUAUCGUUUUAACAAAUAGCUCAAAAUGUAUACGUACUAAACAUCUCAAACGUUAAAAUUGUGUAACAAUACGAUGUUCGGUUAUUCCACAUUAGUUUCGUUAUUAGUCUGUUCAUUUGCAUUGGCUCAUUACUAUGUAAAAUAUGCGUUUUCAUACUGGCAACGUCGUGGUGUGCCUCAAUUAAAACCAUCGUUUCCGUUCGGAAACUACGCAGAAAGCACUCGAUUAAAAAUUCAUCUUACGGAGCAACUUCACAAAAUAUAUCGAGGCACAUCGGAGCCAUUCAUUGGCACUUAUUCGUUUUGGAAACCGAUUUUGGUUGUACGAGAUCCAGAGCUUGUUCAAAACAUCAUGGUCCGAGAUUUUCAACAUUUUGUCGACCACGGUACUUAUUUGGACGAAGAGAAUGAUCCAACAGCGGCAUUUCAAUUUGCCCUCGAAGGAGAAAGAUGGAAACAUUUACGGGCCAGCUUAACACCUGCCUUUACAAACGGGAGGCUAAAAGCGAUGUUUACAACGGUACUUGAUUGUAAAGAACCGCUUUUAAGACAGCUAGAAAAAACCAUUCACACCAAUCAAGUGGUGGAAAUACACCCGCUGAUUGAAAAAUUUACAACAAAUCUUAUUGCGUCUGUGGUGUUCGGUGUUGAAAUCGAUAGUUUCAACGAUCCGAAUAAUACAUUUUGCAAAAUGGCAAAUUCGUUUCACAGCACUAGUUGGAAGAAUGGAUUCCGAAUGUUUUGUUUCAAUUUAUGGCCAAAUUUAUUAAAAUGGUCUGGAUUGCGUCUGUUAGAUCGAGAAGCUCGUGAGUCGUUACUUGAUUUUGUGAAACAAUCGAUUGAUCUGCGCGAAAAUGGAAAUGUGGUACGAAAAGACUUUUUCCAAUUGCUCAUUCAAUUGCGUAACACGGGCGCCAUUCAAUUGGAUGAUGAAUGGCAAACCGUGAUCAGAAAUGAAAGUACGAAGACUUUAACCAUCGAACAGGUGGCUGCACAAACAUUUGGCUUUUAUCUCGCUGGAUUCGGAACAACUGCAUCGACAAUAUCAUUUUGCCUAUUUGAAAUUGCCAAAAAUCCAGAUAUACAGCAAAAAGUAUAUGAAGAGAUUGACAAUGUAUUUGCUGGAAAGGAUGAACAAUUCACUUUCGAUUCGCUUAAAAAACUUGAAUAUUUGGAUGCAUGCGUCGAUGAAACGCUUCGCAAACACAUUAUUAUACCGACGUUCAGUCGAAAAUGUACGAAAGAAUAUACAAUUCCGGAUACGAAUAUCACAAUUGUGAAAGGGACCCAUAUUCUAAUCCCAGCUUUUUCCAUUCAACGCGAUGACAAAUACUAUCCGAAUCCAGAACAAUUCGAUCCAUCACGAUUUUUCACCGAAAAUAAAUGGAACAAAACAAAACUUGACAUGCCAUAUCUGUCAUUUGGAGAUGGCCCACGAGGUUGUACCGGUUCGCGGAUGGCUAAAUUGGUGAUCAAGGUCGGAAUUGUAUCAAUCCUUCAGAAGUAUCGAAUCGAGUUACAUACUCAAUAUGAAGGCAAUGAAAUAAAGUAUGAGCCAGUUGUCAAUAUUCUUGUACCACUUGAAGGCUUUAAGUUAAAAUUUACAGCUAGAGUCUGAGAUAAAUGUAGAAGUUGUACACAAUUUAUGUUCAAUAAAUAACGAAUUCAAUAAACAAA